AUGAGUACAAACAAGAGAAGAGUCCAAUUCAAUCCAUCGCAUGAUUCUGUAUUGGAAAUAAGUAACCGGGAGGAAUACACCGAACAAGAGAUCCUGAAUUACUGGUACACCAAGCCCGAGUUCAAAGCGAUCACCACGCGAUGCUACAAGCAAGCUAGUCGAUGGGAGUCUGGCAAGUCAUCAAAGAAUGAAUCUUUCCAUCGAGGACUAGAAGGAUUCACACAGGAAGCCGAGGAGAUCACUACUGCUUCCAUCGAACAAUGCAUUGACUCUGUAAUGGAUGAGCAAGACGCCCAAUGGGAGGAAGAAGUCGAUGACUGCGAUCGCUUGGCAGCUGUCUCCAAAGAAGUAUCAAGAUUCAGUGUCGCCUGGGCUUUGGAGAAAGCCAUAGCAGAUGAGCAAGACGCCCAAAACAUAUACAGGCGUAUGGAACAGAAAACCAAGUUGCAAUUGAAGACCAAGUCCUCGAAAGGCUCGAGUGGUCUCGAUUCAAGUGAUCACACAUCGAUCUGCUCUGAUCUAAGUCAUCCCGAGGCAGACUCGGUCCGUUCGAGAGAAUCCUCAUCUGGAACGAGAGUAAACAAGAAGGGAACGCAAUCCAUAACCAGACGCGUCACCAAGGCUCUCAAGAUGCCCAAGCUCGCUGUUGGUGCUAGUCCAUUGCUUGGUGUUUCCAGGUGA